UUUGGUGGGAAACGCUGUAAUUUCCUUUUUACUUUCACAGUAAUAGUGCAGUAUCCAGAAUGGAUGUCCUCUUUGUGGCUAUCCUUGCUGUGCCACUGAUCCUGGGACAAAACUAUGAGGAUGAAGAGGGACUGGAAGAGGAAGAUUAUUAUCAGGUGGUCUAUUAUUAUACAAUCACUCCCAAUUAUGAUGACAUUAUUGCAAAUUUCACUGUUGAUUACUCCAUAUUUGAGUCAGAGGACAGGCUGGUGAACAGGUUGGAUACGGAAGUAAUGAAAGAAGAGACUACCGUAAGUCAUGAAACAGAACACAGAGACCAUCAGAAGCCAACUGAGAAACCAGUGACUAUGAAACCAAUGACAAUGGGACAAAUGAUAACAGAACCAAUGACCACAGAAACAACCACAACGGAACCAACCACAACAGAACCAGUGACAAUGAAACCAAGUCCAGAUACGAACCAUGCUGUAUCCAGUCUGCAGAGUCCUGUUUCCCUCCUCCUGCCCUGGGCCCUCCUUCAGGAGUGGAUGUAUUUCAUGUAGAAGGAGAAAGAAGGCUGCUAUGACUCUUUGGAUGGGGAGACGGGAAGAGGAAAUUGGACGAUAAAAUAAAUAAAUGAAAUAAUUUGGUUACGCUCUA